AUGAGAGUGGCGGUGGUGGGCGCCGGCGUGAGCGGGCUGGCGGCGGCGCACGAGCUGGCGAGGAGCGGCGGCGCGAGGGUGACCGUGUACGAGAAGGAGGACUACCUCGGUGGGCACGCCAGGACCGUGGCCGUCGAGGACGCCGACGCCGACGCCGACGCCGGCACCGUGCAGCUCGACCUCGGCUUCAUGGUCUUCAACCGGGUUACAUACCCAAACAUGCUGGAAUGGUUUGAAGGGCUCGGGGUGGAGAUGGAGAUAUCCGACAUGUCCUUCUCAGUGAGCACGCAAUUGGGGACCAGCGCCAGCAGAUGCGAGUGGGGCAGCCGCAAUGGCAUCUCAGGCCUCUUAGCACAGAAAAGCAAUGCACUCAACCCUAGUUUUUGGCGCAUGAUUCGUGAGAUACUCAAGUUCAAGAACGAUGCUCUCAAGUACUUGGAGGACCAUGAAAACAACCCUGAUAUGGACCGGAAUGAGACUCUCCAGCAAUUCAUUCAGUCUCAUGGAUAUUCUCAGUUCUUCCAAGAGGCUUACCUUAUCCCGAUCUGUGCGUGUAUAUGGUCAUGUCCAUCGCAGGGAGUGUUGGGAUUCUCUGCUUUCUUUGUGCUCUCAUUCUGCCGUAACCAUCAUCUUCUUCAGUUGUUCGGUCGCCCCCAGUGGCUCACCGUGAAGGGUCGUUCGCACUCCUAUGUGCACAAGGUAAGGGAGGAGUUGGAAAGUAUGGAUUGCCAAAUUAAAACCAGCUGCGAAAUCAAAUCUGUUUCUAGUUCUGAGGGAGGUUUCAGGGUUACAGUGUUUGAUGGUUCAGAGGAGACGUAUGACAGAAUCAUAUUUGGUGUCCACGCACCUGAUGCUCUAAAGAUUCUAGGAGCUGAAGCAACACACGAAGAAUUGAGAAUCCUAGGAGCUUUUCAGUAUGUCUACAGUGAUAUAUACCUCCAUUCCGAUAAAAGCUUGAUGCCACGGAGUUUGUCUGCUUGGAGUUCCUGGAACUUCCUGGGCACGACAAGCAAGGGGGUUUGUGUAACCUACUGGCUAAAUCUGCUUCAGAACAUAGAAUCUACAGGCAGGCCUUUUCUGGUGACGCUGAAUCCUCCUCAUGUCCCAGACCACGUCUUGCUUAAAUGGUACACUAGCCACCCUGUCUCAUCUGUGGCUGCCGCAAAGGCUUCUCUUGAGCUUCAUCACAUUCAAGGAAAGAGGGGAAUUUGGUUCUGCGGGGCAUACCAAGGUUAUGGCUUCCAUGAAGAUGGACUCAAGGCUGGGAAAGCUGCAGCUCAAGAUUUGCUUGGUAAGGAGAGUGGUCUUUUGGUGAACCCAAAACAGAUGAUCCUAUCGUGGUCUGAGGCUGGGGCGCGUCUUCUGGUAGCAAGAUUUCUUGGUCAAUAUGUAUCUGUCGGCAACUUGGUGUUGCAACUGAAGCAGGACCUUGGCUUGGCAGACACCUACAUUAAUGGUUAUUUCUCAUUUGUAGACAAGAGAGAAGGUCUUCUUAAUCUUUUCCUGAUUCUCAUUGCAAACAGGGACGCAAACAAGAAUAGUAGCAGCGCUGCCAGUAAAAGGGGUUGGUGGACACCCCUGCUAUUGACUGCUGGGGUUGCCUCCGCUAAAUACUUCCUGCGUCACAUAUCAAGGAAAAAUUCUGUCACACAAACACGUCAAAACAUCUCUCAACACUAUGAUCUGACGGAGGAUGAAAGCUUAGAGGCAGCCCAGCUACGGAAAGUUUGCCUCCUAAUCCACAAGGCUAAAGUGGAGCGAGAUCACCACGUUCUUGAGAUUGGUUGUGGCUGGGGCAGCUUAGCAAUCCAAUUGGUGAAGCAAACUGGUUGCAAAUACACUGGGAUCACAUUAUCAGUGGAGCAACUGAAAUAUGCACAGAGAAAAGUGAAAGAAGCUGGCUUAGAGGACCACAUAAGCUUCAUGUUGUGUGAUUACCGUCAAAUACCAACACGCCGCAAAUACGGCAGGAUCAUCUCUUGCGAGAUGAUCGAAGGUGUUUGGCACGAAUACAUGGGCGAUUUCUUCGGCUGCUGCGAGUCCCUUUUGGCUCAAGAUGGCAUAUUUGUCCUGCAGUUCAUCUCAAUCCCAGAAGAACGGUACGAGGAAUACAGGCGCAGCUCGGACUUCAUCAAAGAAUACAUCUUCCCCGGGGGUUGCCUCCCUUCGUUGGCCCGGAUCACGUCUGCCAUGUCAGCAGCAUCAAGGCUCUGCAUCGAGCACCUUGAGAACAUUGGGUACCAUUACUACCCAACGCUGAUACAGUGGAAGGGACAACUUCAUGUCCAAUAA